AUGGCGCUCCGCAGCACUGAUACUGGUGUUGGGGAGCGGAUACUUUUUCACAAGGCAGUCCUCUUCCUCGCAGCAGACCAAUGGGUUCAGGGUGUGAAAUAUACGUGUCAAUUCGUAGCUGCUCCACCGAAAGGAGCCGUGGGGGUACAGGAGAAUUUCUCCCUCACUGCUGCGGGAGAGGGCGUGACCUCAGGAUCCCCAGAUUUGUGCCGUCGACGAAGGAGUGAGACAAGCCAUCUGGACUUUACGAAAUCAUAUGAUUACUUUGCUCACAAGGCCACUCGUCGGGCACCGAUCCCCCGUGAUCAAGGCGUCAAAGAUCCCUGCAUAUUCAAGGAAUCCAGCGUAGCAUCCAAUACCUGGAUGGUCAUCGGAAACCUCGAGGGGCCACCCUGGGGAUCGGCACAGAGAUUCUUUGUACGGGAAGAGGCCUAUAAUGCCCGAUUUUCGACACAUGAUGCCGGGAGGCUUCGCCGGAAACCCGGACCGGUAGCCAGCAAUAAUGUUCCUAUCCACCGUGUGACUAGUAAGCAGCAAGGUAAAGUCAACUCACAGAACAGAUACCCAACUAUUGCCAUUGAUAGAUUGGCCGAGGCCAUGUCCCUGACCUGGUAG